UCUGUGCUCCACAAAAGAAGUGUCUCUGGGCUUCAGUCAACAUCUCUGAUGUUUCCAUCAGAAAGGCGAAAGGAGCGUGUUUGCUUAGUGGGUUGCAUGAACAGAGGGAAUCUUGAAUGAUUCGGAGAUCCGAACUCUCUGCAAUCUGAUUCGCCAAGGACCCAUUUUUUUCCAGGUGAUUCCAAGAGUUUGAAUUCCCAGUCAAGGCAGCAAUGGCACACCCAGACUCCGAAUCCUCGUUCCUAGAUAAAUUCCGCAUUCCCAGUUACCUAUUUUCCCCUGAUUCGGAGGAUAAGAAUGGAUCGACUGUACCGCAGUGUCCAGUGUUGGUGUUCGUCAACUCAAAAAGUGGCGGUCAGCUGGGAGGUGACCUCCUCGUAACAUAUCGUUCUCUUCUUAGUGAACACCAGGUUUUUGAUCUGGGAGAAGAGGGUCCAGACAAGGUUUUGCGCAGAAUCUACUUAAAUUUGGAAAAGCUGAGAUCCGACGGGGACGAGCUUGCCAAUCAGAUCCAGCAGGCAUUGAAAUUAAUCGUAGCAGGUGGUGAUGGGACGGCGGGUUGGCUUCUUGGAGUUGUCUGCGACCUCAAAUUAUCUCAUCCUCCUGCGAUUGCGACGGUGCCCUUGGGUACCGGAAACAACCUCCCUUUUUCAUUUGGAUGGGGUAAGAAGAAUCCUGGGACCAAUCGUUCAUCAGUUGUCUCGUUCCUCAAGCAAGUGAUUCAGGCAAAGGAGAUGAAAAUCGACAGCUGGCAUAUUUUGAUGAGGAUGAGAGCUCCCAAAGAAGGUUCCUGUGAUCCCAUUGCACCCCUUGAACUACCACAUUCUCUGCAUGCUUUCCAACGUGUUUCUUCGACAGAUGAACUGAAUGUGGAAGGUUACCACACAUUUCGUGGGGGAUUCUGGAAUUACUUUAGCAUGGGCAUGGAUGCUCAAAUAUCCUAUGCAUUUCACUCAGAGAGGAAGAUGCAUCCUGAAAAAUUCAAAAAUCAGUUGAUUAAUCAGAGUACUUAUGCAAAGCUUGGGUGUACUCAAGGAUGGUUCUUUGCUUCUCUUGUUCAUCCUUCUUCACGGAAUAUAGCUCAGCUUGCAAAAGUGAAGAUUAUGAAAAGACAUGGUCAGUGGCAAGAUCUCCACAUACCACACAGCAUUAGGUCAAUUGUUUGUCUCAACUUGCCCAGCUUUUCUGGUGGACUAAAUCCAUGGGGGACGCCAAACAGCACAAAACGGAGUGAUAGGGCCUUGACCCUGCCUUAUGUCAAUGAUGGUCUCCUCGAGGUCGUCGGUUUUAGAGAUGCCUGGCACGGUCUUGUGUUGCUGGCUCCAAAUGGGCAUGGGACUCGUCUUGCUCAGGCACACCGCAUCAGAUUCGAGUUUCACAAAGGCGCAGCCGAUCAUACAUUCAUGAGGAUUGACGGGGAACCGUGGAAGCAACCGCUGCCCCUGGACGACGACACCGUCGUGGUGGAAAUUUCUCACCUUGGUCAGGUGAACAUGCUCGCCACCCACGAUUGCCGAGCCAAGAGCGUCCACGAUCCGUCCACGCCAAGCCACCACGAUGAUGAGGAUGAUGACAGCGGUGGGGAAGAUACAGGGGAGGAGUUCAGGAAGUUCGGGGCAGCCGAAACUUUCAAACUCCCAGAUGAGGUUGACAUUAGUCGGCUUAGUUGAUCUCUUUAGUUUCUCCUUCUCCUUGAUUCUUUGUCUGAAUACUGAUCGUGGGAAUAAAUGACUCUUGGUAAUUCGUCUCAAUGUUCAUACAUAUGAAAAAGGUGAUAUUUUGACAUCACGUGGUGUUCUGGUGGUGGUGAUUGCUUUGAAUCUCCUUUUCUGUAUCUAAGUAAUGUGAAUAUCAUUUUGUUGGA